ACGGGUUAUUAAUUGAUCUAAGCACGUAAGUUAGUUUUGUUUUACUGUGCCAAGAUUCCAUUGCCUAGACGUACAGCCGAGAGCGACUGCCAAGCUACACGACUUCGAGAGACGGUUUGUUUUGAAACCAUGGCAAGAGUGUCCGACGAAAUGAUUACGUUAGGGUAUCAUAAUACAACUAGGUUUGGCGGUAGCAACAAAAGGGGUCAAGCCAACUCUUUCAACGUUGAAAGCACAUUUGCAAUGAAUCCAGCCAACCCUGUCGACGUCAUAAACGAAAGCACACGUAAGUGUAUAGAGUCACGUGCAUGUUUGGCCAGAUGGGUAGUCCUGGUGGUGAUCAUCUGUGGAGUAUUGGGAUGGCUCAUUUGGGUAACUGCAACAAAAAACGUGCCUGGUCCGAAAGGCGACCAAGGAAUGCAAGGGAUAAAGGGUGAGCAAGGAAUACGAGGGAUAAAAGGUGACAGAGGAGAACAAGGGCCGAAAGGUGAGCAAGGAACACAAGGACCGAGAGGUGAGCAAGGGAUACAAGGACCGAGAGGUGAGCAAGGAACACAAGGACCGAGAGGUGAGCAAGGGAUACAAGGGCUGAAAGGUGAUCAAGGGAUACAAGGUGAGAGAGGUUGGCCAGGACCACCUGGUUUACCAGCUCCAGCUAGCUCACUUGGUAAUCAGAAUGGAGGAAAGAAGACAAAACAGGCUGCUGUUACUAGUGUGAUUGUUACAUUGCUGCAUUACAUUAUUGACUUAAUAAUUAAUUAAUUAAAACAAGCAGCUUAGACGACAGUUAUCCAUGGUGAUACGUGUAGCUAUACGUAUAUUGUAGUAGGUACUUCUAUCUGCACGCAGUGCUUGUGAUUGCGAUUGAGCUGAAAUGUUUUGAAUUGAAUAUUUUAGUUAGAAAGAAAA